AUGAGGGGUGACAGAGACCGGCGCCGUGACAGAAACCGGGACCGCGACGGAGACCGUGACAGGCACCGUGACAGGGACAGAGACGGGAAGUCAGCCAGUUUGCCCAUCAGCCCGGCAGCAGCCACGGUGGGCUUCCUUAAGCAACCUCCCAUUCAGCAGCAGAUAAACCCCUUCACCAGCAUGCCGCACACGCCACGCUACUAUGAAAUCCUGAAGAAUCGGCUGCAGCUGCCUGUCUGGGAAUACAGAGAGAGCUUUACUGACAUCCUGAUGCGCAACCAGUCCUUUGUGCUGGUGGGAGAGACGGGCUCUGGAAAGACCACACAGAUCCCUCAGUGGUGUGUGGAAACGCUGUGGUCAGUGGCCGGGCCAAAGAAGGCAGUAGCCUGCACGCAGCCCAGGAGGGUGGCAGCGAUGAGCGUGGCCCGGAGGGUUGCAGAUGAGAUGGAUGUCGUGCUGGGUCAAGAAGUGGGCUACUCCAUCAGGUUUGAGGACUGCAGCUCUGCCAAGACGGUACUCAAAUACAUGACAGAUGGAAUGUUGCUGCGGGAAGCCAUGAACGAUCCCCUGCUGGAGCGCUAUGGUGUCAUAAUUCUGGAUGAGGCUCAUGAACGCACAUUAGCCACAGACAUCCUUAUGGGGGUCCUCAAGGAAGUAGUACGCCAGAGGCCUGACCUUAAGGUCAUUGUGAUGAGCGCAACACUCGAUGCUGGGAAGUUCCAAGUGUACUUUCACAGCUGCCCACUGCUAACCAUCCCUGGACGCACGUACCCUGUGGAGAUUUUCUACACACCAGAGCCAGAGCGCGACUACCUGGAGGCAGCCAUCCGUACCGUACUCCAAAUCCACAUGUGUGAAGAAGACGAAGGGGAUGUUCUGCUCUUCCUCACUGGACAAGACGAAAUUGAUGAAGCCUGCAGGCGAAUUAAAAAAGAGGUUGAUGACCUGGGCCCCAGAGUCGGCGAAAUCAAAGUCAUCCCCCUGUACUCAACACUGCCUCCACAGCAGCAGCAGAGGAUCUUCGAGCCGCCCCCCCCCAACAAACCAAACGGUGGAAUCGGAAGAAAGGUCGUUGUGUCAACAAACAUUGCCGAGACGUCCCUGACCAUCGAUGGAGUGGUGUUUGUAAUUGAUCCCGGAUUUGCAAAGCAAAAGGUGUAUAACCCUCGUAUAAGAGUGGAAUCCCUUUUAGUUACAGCCAUUAGCAAGGCCUCUGCCCAACAGCGAGCAGGUCGAGCUGGACGGACACGUCCAGGAAAGUGUUUCCGCCUUUACACGGAGAAAGCUUACAAGACAGAAAUGCAGAACAACACGUAUCCAGAGAUCCUGAGAUCUAAUCUUGGCUCAAUAGUGCUGCAGCUGAAAAAACUGGGUAUUGAUGACCUGGUGCACUUUGACUUCAUGGAUCCCCCAGCCCCAGAGACCCUAAUGCGAGCCCUUGAGUUGCUGAGCUAUCUGGCCGCACUAAAUGACGACGGUGACCUGACGGAGCUGGGCUCCAUGAUGGCAGAGUUCCCCCUGGACCCCCAGCUGGCCAAGAUGGUCAUCGCCAGCUGUGAAUUCAACUGUUCCAAUGAGGCCCUCUCCAUUACCGCCAUGUUGUCAGUCCCACAGUGCUUUGUCCGUCCAACGGAGGCCAGGAAGGUGGCUGACGAGUCCAAGCUGCGCUUCGCCCACAUCGAUGGAGACCAUCUGACGCUGCUUAAUGUCUAUCACGCCUUCAAACAAAAUCACGAGUCCACCCAGUGGUGCUACGACAACUUUGUCAACUAUCGGUCGCUCAUUUCUGCUGACAACGUACGCCAGCAGCUGUCCAGGAUCAUGGACCGAUUCAAUCUGCCUCGAAGGAGCGUCGACUUCAGCAGCAAAGACUAUUACAACAACAUCGGCCGAGCACUGAUCACCGGCUUUUUCAUGCAGGUCGCUCACCUGGAGCGCACAGGUCACUACCUAACAGUAAAGGACAACCAAGUCGUCCAGCUGCACCCCUCCACUGUGCUGGACCACAAACCUGAGUGGGUGCUCUACAACGAGUUCGUACUCACCACCAAGAAUUACAUCCGCACAUGCACAGGCGUCAAACCAGAGUGGCUGGUGAAAAUUGCCCCGCAGUACUAUGAGAUGAGUAACUUCCCCCAGUGUGAAGCAAAGAGACAGUUGGAGCGUAUUAUUGCAAAACUCUCAUCCAAGGAAUACACUCAGUACUAA